AUGAAAGGUAAAAGACGUGUCAAAUCUAUGAAUAAACAGUCAAAUAAUAAAUACGGAAGAAAAGAAAUUACUCGACUGUAUAGCUUUGAUAAAAACGCCUAUCAAGAGAUGUAUCUUUAUUCAUGUGGUAUUAGUAGUACUGAACAUUCGAAAUGUGAUUCGUUUAGCAAUGCAAGUUUAAAAACAGUUCAAGAAAUGAUGACAUCUAAAGGAACACAACAAACAUACAGUUUACGACAAAUGUCAUCAUAUCAAUCAAAUGAGAAUGAUCAUAGAUUACCAGCCCCUAGUGACAAGAAAACUAGACUUAUUUUUGGUUUACAAAAUCCACCACUGAAUAUUACUAAACUUCAAAUGGUACAACCAGAUUGUAAAAUGGUUACAAAGAAAGGGACAUUACUUCGAGCAUUCUCUGAAAGUUGUACAACUAAGUGUGCAAGUCAUACUGGUAGUAUUAGUCAUGAGGACAGUGAGAUAAGUAGCAAUAAAAAAUCAAUAUCAUCUGAUAAAGAAACACAAAAUAGGAUUCAUUUACCAAAGUUAAGUGAUUCAAAUGUUUCCGGAAACUUACAGCUUUGGUCAGACAUUACAAAAUUCAAUAAAUCAUUAAUUCGAAGUGAAAAAUCAUUAUCAUCACCAAGUGAAUCUGUAUGGUCAGAGGUUAAACGUCGCUUUAGUAGUACUGAAAACGUUUUCGAUCCUGUUAUGCGUAUCUUGUCUACAGUACGAUACAAAGGGACAUAUAUGUUUUUCAUUGCCAUAUACACGACUAUUGGAAUACUAAAUGUAACAAUUAACCGAUUAAUCGGUGUUAGUAAUCUUAUUAAAAGUUCAAAUAUUUUACCAAGUCAAACAUCAACUAAUUUUGUUGUAAGUUUACGUUUAAGACACAAUAAAAGUUCUACAAUUUACAUAGGAGACGAUGAAGAUAAUGAAAAGAGAAUAAAUUCGCGUAAUAAAAGUGAAGGUUUUCAUAAAAAUUAUAAUACACAACCAGUUUUAACUUCAUUAAAUCCAAAUUUCGAUCAUGCUGAAUUAGUUUUAGCGGUAUUCCAGUCAACAACAGUGAAUGAAUUUACUAACCUAAAUAGUAAUAUAAUACCAAGACGUAAUAAUCCCGUCGUUUCAUAUCAUCAUUCAUGUCCUUGUGGAAAUGAUAGAUCUCUACGUAGAGUGAAUAUGAUAUUUGAAGAGAUGGGAUGUAUUGGUGUAACGUUUUACAAAUUAAACCAACAUGAAUUAAUUAAUUGUCCCGAAAAAAUGCAAAAUAUUUGGCAGGAAUUGGGAAAAUUACCAGAGUUUCAAAGUAGACAGACAAAAAUAGAAAACUGUGAUAACAAUGACUCAAUAAAUUAUUUAACAAACUACAAGGUAUAUCCAUUCGAGGAUGGAAAAACUUUGCCAAAUGUUAGUUCAGAAGUUCCACAAAUUCAAGAGUUAAAAAAAUCAUUGGUGAAAGUAACUAUUCAAUACAAAAUAGAUUCUUCUAUCUUUGACAUUUUUAUAGAAGAGAUGAAAAAUGUGAAAAUUUUAAAAAAUGAAACUGAAAUGAUAUUUCAAGCAUUAUUCUGCCUUGGUAAUACAACCUUAUCCGUUGUACGAUGUGAACCAAUUCGACUUGAUAAAACAAAAUCAUCUAGUGAAGAGAAAAGCACUGAUCAAAAUGACUUAUUCCGAAUUUACAAUCAUAUUUCACUUCCUGAUGACGAACAUGUUUCAGUAAAUGUUGAUGUGAAUCGAUUAUUAAACUAUAAUAAUAUUGGAAUAAUUUUACAAAUAUUUACACGAACAGAUACAUCGAAUCACUUAAGACGUGUGGCAAAUAUUUCAAUUGGUGUGACUAAAUUAACCGAUAACUUAGCAUCAAUUCAGUGGAACGCUUUAAUUAAAGAGUUAAAACAAUUGAAAAGUAAUAACCAAUUAUUUGGAUCAACGAAAAAAUUCACUUAUUGGCAUUUAAUGGAAUCAUCCUGA